AUGGCAUCAGGAGAUAACCAUUUAAGUCUGCUCUAUAUUUUAUUCAUUCUAAAUACAGAACGUGCUGAAUCUGCUCGUCCAGGCAAGGUGAUGGGUUCAGUUUGUCACUGUCACGUAGCUUCAUACAGCGUCCACUUUACCUUGGCUAAAAACCUUGGAGUCACCCUGGACCCCUGCCUCUCUUAUUCCCAGCACAUCUCCACUCUGGCACGCACUUGCAGAUUCUUCCUGAGCAACAUCCGAAGAAUCCGACCCUUCCUCACCAACUAUGCUACCCAGCUCCUGGUCCAGGCCCUGGUACUCUCCCGCCUAGACUACUGCAACUCCCUCCUGGCUGGCCUCCCUGCGUCCGCCACCCGUCCGCUCCAGCUCAUCCAGAACUCUGCUGCUCGCCUGGUGUUCUCUCUACCUCGCUUCGCCCACGCUACUCCACUACUCCGCUCGCUCCACUGGCUCCCGAUCACCGCUCGCAUCCAGUUCAAGACUCUUGUACUAGCCUACAGAUGCCUUGAUCAGACUGCACCCAGCUACCUCCAGACCCUCAUCUCUCCCUACACCCCCACUCGACCUCUCCGCUCCGCCUGCACUAGAAGACUGGCUCUACCUCCGCUACGCUCCCCUGCCUCCCGAGCCCGCUCCUUCUCCACCCUUGCUCCGCAGUGGUGGAACGACCUUCCUACAGAUGUCAGGACUGCCCAGUCCCUGACCACAUUCCGGCGCCUCCUUAAGACUCACCUCUUCAAACAGCACCUGUAGAACUCCUCUGUUGUAUCCUGGGACACUAUCACCCUUCAUUUAAAUAUGCUUUAUUUUGCUCUUAUCUGCCCCCUAUUUUACUGCAUUUAAUCCUGUACCUCAGAAUAUUGUAAUCUCCCAAGUGUUUAAUCUGUAGUAUUUUGUACUUAAUCAUAUCCUGAUGUAACUAUCACUACUUAAUCAUAUCCUGAUGUAACUUUCACUAUUAUCUGCUGUAUUAUUGAAUUGUGGUUUGUCACACUUGAGAAUUAUUGUAUUUCUUGUUCUUAUUGUAUGACUUAUAUUGUAACACUUGAAUGUAUUUGUAUUUGCUUGCGAUUGUAAGUCGCCCUGGAUAAGGGCGUCUGCUAAGAAAUAAAUAAUAAUAAUAAAAAGCCAGAGAGAGGAGGUUUGAGCUGUUUUAAAAUGAAUGGCCAAUAUAUAUUCAACUACAUGUGUGAAGCGCUAGGAAAGAUUCUCAAUAAAAAUGGUUUUGAAUUUUGUAA